AUGGUAGAUGCAUUAUUACAAAAGGAAAUUCCCACUAAACCAGAAGAAGUAGCCGCUCAGGGCCCUGCUUUUUCGACUACAGCAGGUGAUCUCAAUUUGGAUUUUUCUACCAACCAAGAAGGGUUGAAGCUCAAGCGUCAGGCCUUAAAGAAAUUGAGACUCUUCAUAGCUGAGGCUAGUGAACCAUUUUCUAUUCCUCUAGCUACAACUUUGUCUCCCUUAGUCGAGCCUGUCACGACUCGAGAAGAUGAAGAGAAGAUUUAUUCCAUUUCACCUUCCAACUCUUUCAAUAACACCAUCUCUUUUCCUCUCUCUCCUUCUAUCUCUCAACCUCGUCUUCUCCGUUUCUCCUCCAAAGCCAACCAUUCCUCCAAUAACUCCGGUGACGAUUCUUUCGAGUUCUUCCCUUGGUCCGAUUCCGACAGCGAAAUUCAAUGGCUUCUUGAGGAUAGAGUUACAUUGUUCACUACUGAUGGACUGUUCCAGAUCGGAGGCAAAAUGGUUCCCCGCCGUGUGAGAUCUUCAGAUAUGAUCUUGUCAUCCAAUUUUAUCUAUUUUGCUUUCUGUUUAACUAAACAAUUGAAACCUUAAUUAGCUCAGUGAUAGUAUUUUGGUUAUGUCUAGGUUGUUGAACUGCAUGUAUCUUUUGGUGCAUUGUAACUCUUAUCUUUUGUCAAGAAUCUACCACCCCAAAAUCUUGACUUAUUUUGUGGAGAUCCAGCUGGAAUUCUUAUUGACAUAUAUAAUUAAGCUUUUUAAAUUUCACACAAAGCUCUUUUGCAUUUAACCAAACAGAGUGCAUCUGCAUCCAAAACUUCUGCUGAAACUUAACUCUGUUGGAAGGGUAAAAACCACAUUACUGAAGAUGCUUUGAUACUGUGUCGAGAAUCAAGCUGUUAUUGGUGAAGGUCUGAGUUUGUAGUUCUAUUACUUUUUACAACAUACUUCUUAUCGUGAUUGUAAGGUUUUAAUUCUAUACUUGCUCUUUUUUGUGUGUUGCAUGUUGUAACAAAGUUAGACUCUUUUUCCUUAUUUAUCCCUCAUGUGAAAGAGUAUCUCAAUCUUUCAUGUAGAAUACACGGCGUCAUAGAAUCAGCUUUUAAGCACAUGACACAGUAUACAACUUUUGAAUCUUUCUCAUCUCUGAAGUCUGAAUCAUCUUCAUGUUUAGAAGAUCCAUUUUUAUUUCAAUGUUAAAGAUUCUUUUAGAUUGGCUAAGCAGAUUCUCAUGUU